GCGCGUCCGAGAUUCGUUGAGUGUGGUUUACAAGUGGAAUAAAUUCUGAUAUUUUUUAAUCUUUUUAUUGGCGUUCUAAGUUUGUGUUCUCGCUUUGGUUGUGCAUUGCUUUCUGCUGUAAUUUAAGUGCACGAAAUGCAUUCUGCGGCACUGCGCGGCACAUUCGGCGGCGGUGCCCUUAAAGUUUUCAUUGUUUUGUUGAUAUGCUCGGUCAGUUUCAAUUUGAAUGAAGCGCGUCCGAAAAAUGCGAAACAAAAAGCAACAACGUUAGAAAAGAAAUGCGGUUAUGAGAGUUGCCAUAAAACUAAACCAAACAUGCUCAAUGUUCAUCUGAUUCCCCACACUCACGAUGAUGUGGGGUGGUUAAAAACUGUCACUCAAUACUAUUAUGGCAGCAAAUCACUUAUCCAAAAAGCUGGCGUGCAAUACAUCUUAGACUCAGUGGUGGAGCAGCUUCUGAAGGAUCCCGAAAAGCGGUUUAUCUACGUCGAAUCUGCAUUCUUCUUCAAAUGGUGGCGCGAACAGGAUCCGGAGCUACAAGAGCAAGUGAAAAUGUUGGUGAAUGAGGGAAGACUGGAGUUCAUCGGCGGUGCUUGGAGUAUGAACGACGAGGCUACAACGCAUUAUCAAAGCGUUAUCGAUCAAUUUACAUGGGGGUUGAGGCGCCUCAAUGAUACAUUUGGUGAAUGUGCACGUCCACGCGUUGGCUGGCAGAUCGAUCCUUUCGGGCAUUCACGUGAAAUGGCGUCGAUGUUUGCGCAGAUGGGUUUCGAUGGACUAUUUUUUGGACGGCUCGAUUAUCAGGAUAAAUCAGAGCGUUUACUAACCAAAACAGCGGAGAUGAUAUGGCGUGCUUCGGCUAAUUUAGAUGAAUCUGCUCAUCUUUUCACUGGCGCUCUCUACAAUCAAUACCAGCCACCGCCCGGCUUUUGCUUCGACAUUCUCUGCGCCGAUGAGCCAAUAAUCGACUCAAAGCAUAGCCCAGAUUAUAACGUCAACCGGCGGGUGAAUGAUUUUUUGAAAUUUGUCGAUCAACAAGCGAAAUAUUAUCGCACUAACAACAUAAUCAUUACAAUGGGUGGCGACUUUACAUUCCAGGAUGCUAAUGUGUAUUUCAAAAAUUUGGAUAAGUUGAUAAGAUACACCAACGCACGCCAAGAGAAUGGUUCCAAUGUUAAUCUACUCUACUCCACACCUUCCUGCUAUCUAAAGUCUCUGCACGAUGCCGGCAUAACUUGGCCCACCAAGGAUGACGACUUCUUCCCAUACGCUUCGGAUCCACACGCCUACUGGACGGGGUACUUCACUUCACGCCCAACCCUAAAGCGUUACGAACGUUUAGGCAAUCAUUUCCUGCAGGUCUGCAAGCAACUCACUGCUCUGGCACCCAAAACUGCUGCCCACUUCAAUCCACAUCUCUCGUUCUUGCGUGAAUCAAUGGGUAUAAUGCAACAUCACGAUGCAGUCACGGGUACGGAAAAGCAAGCGGUGGCCGGAGACUAUGCACUUCGUUUGGAAGUGGCUAUACGAGCAUGCGCCACGAAUACUAGAGCAAUAUUGAAUCAACUGACCGCGGAUACGGAUGUAGCCAGAAGUGUUACAGAAUCUGGCAAUGAAGGGCAGCGAAAACCCAGAUGGGCCACUAGUCCUAAGAAGGAAUAUAAGUUCCAGUUUGAAACCUGUACGCUACUUAACAUCAGUUCGUGUGAGGUACCGGAGCAGGCAGACAAAUUCAUAUUGACUCUGUACAAUCCAUUGGCGCAAACGGUAUUUGAUUAUGUGCGCGUACCGGUGCCGGAUGUGAAUUACCAGGUUAAGGACUUUGAUGGUGUAACGAUUGAGACACAAUUCUUACCGGUGCCAGCGCCAAUACAGGAUCUGAAUUUCCGCAAAUCUAAAGCACCGUAUGAACUCGUCUUCCCUGCACGUGAUCUACCACCUCUUGGUUAUAAAUCGUACUAUAUAACAAAAACAAAUGAAAACCAUAUGAUACCCGUGCCGGAUCCCGAAAACAUGUCGAGUUUCACAAGCAUCGGAAAUGAGUACAUUCGUCUCACGUUCGACACGAACGGCUUCCUUGUGACCGUCACCGCCGACGGUAUGACACGCAUUGUUAACCAAGAAUUUGUGUACUAUGAGGGCGCGGUAGGCAACAAUCGCGAGUUCCGUAAUCGCUCCUCUGGCGCAUACAUUUUCCGUCCCGCCACUGAUCAAGUGCGCUCCAUUUCACUUCAACCGAAACUGAAAAUCUAUCGCGGCAAUCUAGUCGAGGAAGUGCAUCAGUCCUUCAACGAUUGGAUCAGUCAAGUAGUGCGUGUCUACCGUCAGCAACCUUAUGCCGAGUUCGAGUGGUUAGUGGGCCCGAUACCAGUGGAUGACAACAAGGGUAAAGAAAUUAUCAGCCGCUUCAACUCAGAUAUAAAUUCCGGUGGCAUAUUCUAUACCGAUUCUAACGGUCGUGAGAUGAUCAAACGUAAGCGAGAUCAUCGCGAUACUUGGAAGUUGAAGUUGUUGGAGCACACAUCGGGCAACUAUUAUCCGAUCACAACAAAGAUCGCAAUAGAAGACGACACUGCGCGCAUGGCCAUACUUACGGAUCGUGCGCAAGGUGGUAGCUCCAUGGGUGAUGGUUCAUUGGAAUUGAUGGUGCAUCGACGAUUAUUGCAUGAUGAUGCCUUCGGUGUUGAUGAGGCGCUAAACGAAACCGCCUACGGUGAGGGUUUGGUGGCGCGUGGCACGCACUAUUUAAUACUGGGUGCAUCGAAAAAGAAGCAGAGCCCAACGACGCAGGCGAUUGAACGUAUCACCCAGUUGCGGAAGUUGCUGCCAGCUUGGAGUUUCUUUAGCAAUGCGGAGAAUAUAACUUAUGAAGAUUGGCGUGAAAAUUGUAGUAACAUUUUCACUGGCGUGGGAUUGGAGCUGCCUGCCAAUAUUCAUCUCAUGAGCUACGAACCGUGGCGCGACAACGAAGUGCUCGUACGCUUCGAGCACAUACUUGAGAAGGACGAAGAUCCCGAACUCUCCAAGUCUGUGCAGUUCAACGUACAAAGCGUUUUGUCGAGCUUAAAGAUUGCUGACAUGCGCGAGACCACACUAGCGGCAAAUGCUUGGUUGGGCGAUAAUCAGCGUCUGGAAUUCGUGCCUGACGAACCUGAGGUUUCCUACAAUUCGUAUGGCGUUUAUCACAGAUCAUUCGACGAACAACUUCUGUUACGAGCGGAUAAACCUCUUUUGGGUGCCAAAUAUUACAGUGAGACUGGAACUAAAGAAGAAGAAGAAGACGUGGAAGAAGAAGAGGAGCAACUGGCUAUGCAAACGAACCGUUUGAAGCGUGUAGCCGACGAGUCUGAAGAGUUGAAUCGCAAGCGUGCAGAAAAACUGCGCAGGCACAAGGUUGUACGGCAGAAAUUGACGGAAGGCGUUGCGGAUGAUGAUAAUCGUUUCAUUGUAGAAUUGAGUCCAAUGCAAAUGCGCACCUACAUACUCACUUUGCAGAAAGAUAACUAAAUGAGAUUAGAGUAAAGUGGGUUUUUCACAUGUUUCCGUGUUUACUGUAGACUUAGUUGUGUAAAAACUCAUUGUGAAUUGAUAAAUAUUUUGCAGAACGAUGGUUAGCAAAUGUUUCUAAAUAAAUGCAUGAGUACCAAAUAAA